AGUCAUACAGAAUCAGUAACUGACCUACGGCUUGCGAACAAACAUCCUCUCCCUUGAUUACUCCACCAAUUCCCUCUGUGCUCAUGGCCUGUCGUUUAAGCCUUUCUGUUCUACUACUCGCGUGGCUCAUCACAGCUGUCAACGCCCAAGAUCUCGCCGACAAUUCCACGACCAACGUCCUCGUAGGCUGGCAAACCGGACCCGAUACACGAAGCACACUCGGGCUUAUCUGGAGUUGCCUGGGCACUAUUUUCGCCUGCACGUGGACUGUGUUGCACCUCAAUUUGCCUGGCCUUGACGACACGACGUGGGAGAAGACGUUGCGGAAAGUCAAAUGGUUGGCAAUCAAUAUCCUCUUCCCUGAAUUCAUCUUCUCCAAGGCCGUCUGCGAUCUCCGGCUGGCCCUCGAGGAGCUGCGGGAAUCGGAGACGGAACAAAAAUGGACUGCCGUGCACUCGUACUACGCUCAGAUGGGAGGCCUUUUAAAACUCCAUUACAUUUUACAUGGGCCGGCGUAUUCAGUCUUCACCGCGUGCAUGUUGACUCCGCAAUACAAGUGGAACAAGAACUCCGACCACCCCCUUGUACACCUCGUCCUGAGUAAGGAUGAUAUACAAGACAAGAGCAAGGCAGACUGGCUGCUGAAGGGCAUUGCGGUCCUGCAGAUCACGUGGCUCAUCGUCAGCGUAGCUGCUCGCCACACCACGAAGCUACCUAUCACCCAGUUAGAGAUUGCCACCGUUGCUUUCGCAAUCAUGGCAGUUGCUAUUUAUCUGGCCAGCUGGUGGAAGCCAAAGGACGUCUCGAGACCGACUGUUUUGCAAGGUGGCUAUGAUGGGUACUUUGCAGAAGGAGUAAUCCACCGCACACAGCGGCUCACACUACGGCUACUGUCACCGACUCGGGCUGCAGACGAAUCGAAAAGUAGAGAGGAAAGUUACUGCGAGCGAGUGCAGAAUGAUGUUGUUUGGAUGGGAGGGAAUAAUCCUCCCAUGUUCGUUUUAAUGGCCAUUUCGUCGAUGGUUUUUGGCGGUUUGCACUGCCUUGCAUGGAACUUUGAUUUUCCUACGCGGGUCGAGCUCAUCUGCUGGAGGGUUGCAAGCCUA